UGCACACGGCAUAAGACCACGGGUUAUUCGCCAUUUCAACUAAUGUUUGGACGACAACCACGACUGCCCGUUGAUCUACUAUGUGGAACGGACGAGGAAGCAGCGUCAACCAAUAUGCCGGAUUUUGUUAAGAAUAUGAGAAACAGGAUGUCUCAUUCGUUCAGUUUAGCGAGUAGAAAGGCUCGGGAAUCGCAGAGUCGUCAAAAGGCAGGCUACGAUCUACGCAGUAGAGAAGCUGUUUUGGAACCGGGAGACCGAGUUCUUGUUAAGGUACUGGCCUUUGAAGGACGUCAUAAGCUGGCGGAUCGUUGGGAACCUGACGUGUAUAUCGUGCAGAGUCAACCCAAUAGAGACAUUCCUGUCUACACCAUACUUAGAGAGAAUGGAGAGGGAAAAAGUAGAACUCUUCACCGGAAUCAUCUACUUCCAAUCGGAACGAUACCACUGGAAACAGAUGAAAUACCCAUUGCACAUCCACCUCGACCGGUACCUCGUGCUAGGAAGUCGAAGCUGGAAUGUGGACCACAUCAUCAAGAGUCUGUGGCUGAGAUUGUCGACUCGCCGUCCGUGACUGACAGCUCAGAUGAGGAAUUUGUGGGUAUGAACGUUCCUACCAACGUUCAACGGCCACCCACACAGGACAAAGCACAGCCGAGCGAGAAUGUGACAUUUGUACCUGGACCUCGGACUGGCUUUAUUGAUGUGGAGACAUCGGAAUCGGAACCGGAAGAUGAACCUGCAACUGCAGUACAGGGGAAUAUUACUUUGCCUGAUCCGGAGAUUCCAAUACCAAGACGGUCUACCAGGAACAAACGACAGCCUAAUUGGAUGACAUCAGGCGAGUUUGUUUGUUCACAGCAACCUGUUGGAGCAGAACCAGAAUGGAAGGUGAAAGCUAUGUUCCUGAUGGAUAUAACAUCUUCAGUAUCCUUCAGAAAUAUGACAGCUCCAGCUCAACAGGCACUGUUGAAUAUUUUAACUUGUUAAGUAUGUGUACUUUUGCAUAACUAUAUAUUUCAUUUGUAGAUGUAGUUGUAGGUGCAAUUGGGACCCUUUGGAAGAUGAGGACAUCUUUCAUUUGAGCGGGGGAAUACCUGAUGAAAUUGAGGAGUAGACAGAUUUUUUUCCUUUUUCCUCAGUUGCAGAUUUUACAUUGUAUGAUUUUUUUAGGUAUGGAUUUUCGUUGUAUUAAUUUUAUGUUUUAUUUACAGUCUGUCCUGAAUAUGCAGAUGGGGACAUCUUCCAUCCAUGGAGGGGAGAAUGUAGUAGUGUCAUUAUUUGACAAUAUACUUUUAAUAUGUUUUUGUAUUUUAAAUAUACGCGCCGUAUGAAACGGAAGUCAGCUUUCCGCGAAGCAUUCUACGGUACGCAAUGCGGCAAUAGUUUUAGCGCGCGCGGUAGAAUAGCACGUGAGAAUGCGAGCGAGCUAAUGAGCGGAUGUGAUGUAACGUGUAUGUAAACCUGUUUGUAGUGUACGUAUUGUCUAUUUAUGGAAUGCGAGUGUUGAAUGUUGGGUAGUUUUACCUGGCGCACUGGUCACUUAUGAACAGAGCGGUCAGAGGGACAACAUCGUAUAUUGGUAAUCAUAGCCAGCAUAGAGACGAAAAGAUGUAGCGAACACUAGAGUCAUUAAACGUAAGUACCUGUGUAAAAAUAUAUAUAAGCGUAAUGUAAUAUAGUAUCUUUUAUAUAAUAUAUUUGAUUAAAGGUAGUAUUUUUGUUAAAAGUAAAGUUGAUAUUCUGGAAAUUAAUUCAGAUUUCGGGCGUGGUCGUAUUACGCGAGUGAUUUCAAUGAAGCAUGGUUUUAAUGUGUGCAUUAUUUUAUUCAUAUAGCUUAUUAACUGAACGUUAAGACGAGUACAGAGGACUCGGCGGACAUAGUCCGGGAAAACCCUCUUCAUACUGAAGAGGGUUUAUUUGUAUAAUAAUAAAUAUUGGAAACAAGAACCCGGAGUUGUAUUAUUGAAGAAAUAAGACGACUAUUACAU